AUGGUAUCACCAGCUCCUGGCAAGCGGCAACGUCGAUGGGCUCCGAAGCUACGAACAGGAUGUAUCAGCUGCAAGCUAAGGCGUCUUAGAUGCGAUGAAGACAAGCCGGUAUGCAAAAGAUGCGCGACCGCGGGCUUCAGUUGCGAGUGGCCGACAGAGUCAGGCACAAAUCUGGCACCCAAAGACACUGCGUCCGACAUCAGCGACAAUUUGGACGCCUCAACAACAACGACUCUGGUUAGUCCGUAUUCAUCCGGCCCAGACUAUCUUUACCUGCACUUCUUCACACGGCAUGUGGCACCACUUCUCUCAACCACAAAGCAGUGGCACUCGGUCUGGCUCGAGACGAUUCCUCAGUGUGCGUGGACGAGCGAUGCCGUACGGAACGGCAUGAUUGCCCUAGCAGCGUCUUACGAAACCCUCAGAUCCGGCUUGGACCGUGCCACUCUGGUUAUGCAGAAAACGAAUCUUGCCAUUCAGGCUUUCCGACAGGAGUCCACUGACAACACAGUCGCGCUGAUCAUGUGUCGCAUUUUGGCCUCGUUAGCACAGGCGCAAGAGGACUGGGACACUGCCACAACGCAUAUGACUUGGGGAGCUAAGAUCUUGCGACAGAUUGAUCAAGCCAACGGGAAGGCCUCCGACGUGGCAAAGACUAUGGCACCCACAUUCAUGAAUGCGUUAACCGAGUCGAAUGAUCUGCACUGUGCAGGCCGUGACUUGACUCUUGAGCAACGACAGAUCUGGAUCGAAUUGAUGAGUUUUCGAGCAAAGUAUCGAGCUGUCUACGCCAUAUGGAUGGCCCGUCUGUGGCACAAGACCAACCGACUCCUGAAAGCCUACCUGCUCACCACCUGGAGCACUCUCAACCACGCCAUCAGCUCUGCACUGUAUCCCGACCUCGUCUUUUUCACAUCCGAUGACCCGAUAAUCCCUCAUCAAAAGGUCGCAGCCGAUCUUCGAGAAGCUGGCCAGCUGCUUCCCCUGAACGAGCUCGCUCCGUUAUCGGAUGCAGUACUCGGAGACAUAGGCAAUUUUCUAGAACAAGUUCCCUCAGAAGAAGCCACCAAUGCCGAACUCGAAGCUCGUUUGCGCAUCUGUGUCGAGAAUUACAUCGUCCAGGCUGCAAUAUUCGAGCCUCGCAUGACAGCGGGAACGUAUUGGUCUUCAAACCCGGAACCCAAAUGCGCGGUGGAGCUGCACAUGGGCAGGUACACCGCUGCGGACAACAUCCCGCCGCCUGAGGGAGCCGCUGAUCCAGGAAACGAGAUGCAGAACUUCUAUCUCGAGCAUGUCUGUCCCUACAGAAGCGGUUUCCUGCCAGUCGAGCUUGACUCAUGUCCCGUCCACCGUCUGAGAGCUACUUCUACUGCCUCCUUCAACGCCCACGGCCCGUAA